AAUAUGGAAGGAGAGACAAACAUGGAGGACAGAAGUUAGCGGAGCAGGAGAGCGAAGCUAAACUUCUGGGAAAAGCGGACGGAAGACGGAUCCGUGGUUGAUUCUACUCCCGCUUUCUUGUAGGGCUUUUUUUCCCCCGGACCCACUUUUCCUCGUUUGUCGAAGGAUCUGGGGAGGGGGGGACUGUAAUGCAUUAAGGACUUCGCCUUUUCUCCGGAGAAAAGACAAAGAGGGAGGGGGCCGGGGGGUGGGGGUCUGGCGACGGCGAGCACCCCCAGACCAUCCCAAACGCUAUGCCGUGGGUAAGCAGCAGCAAGCGGAGAGAAAGCAGGGAGCUGCCGCUGCCCGCGGGCUGGGAGGAGGCUCGCGACUACGAUGGCCGCGUGUUCUACAUAGAUCACAACACGCGCCAGACGUCAUGGAUCGAUCCCCGCGACAGGGUCACCAAACCUCUGACGUUCGCAGACUGCGUCGGUGAUGAGCUGCCCUUAGGCUGGGAGGAGGUCUACGAUCAGCAGGUGGGCGUGUACUACAUCGACCACAUCAACAAGACCACCCAGAUCGAGAACCCGCGGACGCAGUGGCGGCAGGAGCAGGAGCGCAUGCUGAAGGAGUACCUGGUGGUGGCGCAGGAGGCUCUCGAUGCCAAGAAGGAGAUCUACCAGGUCAAGCGGCAGCGGCUGGAGUUGGCCCAGCAGGAAUUCCUGCUCUUCCACGAGCUCUCGGAGGAGGACAGCCGCUCGCUCGCCAGCACAUUCUCUGGCAGCUCUUCAAACGCAAAAUAUGACCCUGACCAAAUAAAAGCGGAAAUCGCCUGUAGGCGCGAGGGGCUCUGCAGCCUGAAGAGGGAGCUGGCCCAGAUGAAGCAAGAGCUGCAGCACAAGGAGAUGGGGGUGGAGACCCUACAGGAGAUUGACAGGAAGAUGUCUAGCGGACAGACCAGCUACAAGCUGGACGAAGCGCAGGCCAUCCUCAGCGAGCUGCGGAGCAUCAAGAAGUCCAUCGGCAUGGGCGAGAGGGAGAGGCAGGACCUCAUCCAGAGUCUCGCCAAGCUCACGCUUAGUUUCCGCGGCGGCUCGGGCCUGGGGGACACCCUGCUGGACGGUGCCGGGGGCCCCUGUCUGCCUCAGCAGUACUGUGACGCCGGCUGUCAGACGGACAUCGUGGGUGAGCUUGCCCCCCAGGAAUUCUCGCCACUGCUGGACAAAGUUCGCCUGAACUGGCAGUAUGAAGAGGCUAAGAAAAAAGUGUCCAGCCUCCAACAUCAGCUGGCCCAGCUGGACAGCGAGAGCUGGUCGGGCCGGGCUGAAGCGGACCGGGACCGAGACUGCAUGCAGCUCCUGCGCGAGAAGGAGGCCCUGCUGCAGGAGAUCACCCUGGUCAGCCAGCAGCAGCGACCCCUCGAGAGCCUCCUGCACCUGGAAGAGGAGCGUCGCAGGCUGGAGGAGGAGGUGCAGAGGGCGCACGCUGUCCAGAGCCAGGGCGCCAGCCAAAGGAUCCUGCACCAGGAGAAGAGGAACAUGCUUCUGCGGCAGCUGGAAGAGGCCUCCCGCAUCGCCACCUACCUGCACUCGCAGCUAAAGAGCCUGUCGGCCAGCAGCCUCACCGCCUCGUCGGGCAGCAGCCGCGGCUCUCUGGCUUCCAGCCGCGGAUCCCUCACGUCCAGCCGCGGCUCGCUCAGCUCCGUCAGCUUCAGCGACAUCUACGGGCCGCCGCAGUAUGAGCGGGCUGAGGCGGCGGCAGCGCCGGCGGAGUUGGACCCCCACCCUCGCUACCCUGUACACCCUGAGGCGCUGUGCCGUGACGGCAAAGCUCGGCGCUCGCAGGACACGCCGCAGUCGCUGGCCUCGCUGUCGUCGCGGUCCUCGCUCUCCUCCCUGUCACCGCCCAGCUCCCCCAUGGACGUGCCGUACCACCAGGACAGCCCUGUCGCCCUGAGGGCCGAGGAGUAUCUAGAACUGGCUGGCCGCGGGAUCGUGGAGGGUCUGCGCGGCCAAACCCUGCCCCUCCCAGGUCACGGCUUGGUGCUGGGUGACGCGGGACAUGGGGUCGGCUUGUCACAUCUACUGGAUGCCAAGAGCCCCAGGGACAAUGGAGCCCAGGGGGCCUCCAGCAGCACAGGAGUAACGAUGCGUGGUAACGGCGGGAGCCGGGUCGGGCGGCGGACAAGGAGGGGCUCGGCAGGGGUGUCGGAUGAGGUGCUGGCCACGGACAGUGGCGUCUUCGAGGCCUGGAACAGGAGAGCGGACGACCCGGAAGAGGUGUUAUACGUCAACGAUGCGACCGCAGCAGAACUUGCACAGAUCCAGCUGGGGCUCCUGUUCGACACUGCCAGUGAGAGUCUCGUGGUGCAGCUGCUCCUGCUGAGGAACCUGAACGUUGUGGUCGUAAAACCCGGAUACAAAGUCUAUGUCAGGGUGAGCCUGCUCCCAGCUGAGCAUGGCCGCAGCGGCACUGGGACCCGUUACUGCUCCCGGGCCCAGGAUCCGCAGGGCCAGCUGAGCCUGAACGAGGGAUUCCGAAUCCCGGCCUGUGCCGCCACCCUGGGUCUGCGGCCCCUGCUGCUGUCCAUUUGCUCUGUGGGUUCCCAGGGCGCCGAGGAACCGCUGGGCAUGCUGCAGAUCAGCCUGGCGGACUGCGUGGGCGCCACUGAGAUGCUGUUCCAGUGGCACAGAAUCCUGACGCUAGGCGGCACUGAGGCUUCCCGUGUCGGGGAGGGCAAGAUGCCCAAACCACCUGCCGUGGGGGAGGAGGAUGCCAAGGCUGCGGACCCUGUGCUGGCCCUACUGGGGGAGUUGGAACAAGAGUUGGAGAGGAAGGAGGAGCAGGGGGAGGCAACAUCGGAGAGGAGCUGGCAGGCAGAGUCAGUGGACAGUGGCUGUGGCAACAGCACGGCAUUCGUGAUGCAAUGCACCGAGGGACUGUGCGUGGAUGGUAUCUGCACCACCACUGGGGGGCGCUGUAUCCAUCCAGCCCACAGGCUGCGCUCACUCAAGGUGGACAAGGAGACCAACACUGAGGUGCCCUUCCCUGAGCCGGUGUGGGUGCGGCCCAAGGAGCGGGGGGGGCGCUGGAGCCAAGCCUCGCCCUUCAUGCGCAACAGCACCAUCGUCCGCUCGCAGACCUUCUCGCCUGGCGCACGCAGCCAGUAUGUGUGCAGGCUGUACCGCAGCGACAGCGACAGCUCCACGCUGCCCAAAAAAUCCCCCUUCAUCAGAAACACCCUUGAAAGGCGGACUCUGCGAUACAAACAGCAGCAGCAGACCUACCGCAGCUCGCUGGCGGAGCAGUCCACCCGCACCUCUCUGGACCUGGAGCUGGAUCUCCAGGCGUCCAGGACCCGACAGCGCCAGCUGAGCGAGGAACUGAAUUCCCUGCGGGAUCUGAAGCUGCGUCUCGAAGAGGCUCAGAGCCGGGAGGCCGCUGAGCUGCCCCACUGGGCCCUGCGGGAUGAACGCCUCCACAGCCUCCUGAGGGAGGCCGAGAGACAGGGUGAGCGAGAGGCGUGGCAGGAGGAGGCCGCAGCAGUGGUGGGUAGGCUGAGGAAGGCAUCCAAAGAUGUGCGACAGCUGAGGGGGCAGAGCCAAAGGGAGCCCUUCCCUGUGCAGAGCUUCAGGGAGAAGAUGGCUUUCUUCACAAGACCGAGAUUCAACAUACCUUCCCUGCCCGCCGAUGAUGUAUGAAAUCUUGACCUCUGUACAUGUGAUCAGAAAUGAAGUGUCAGUUUUUCAUGUUCACCUUCAUGAAGUAAAUGGAACAAACUGUAGUUAUCAUUUCAGCAUCAGAAAAUUUAAGGCUAUUUUGCUGUAAAUUUAGGGAAAAGGCACGUUGGUGAGUGGAUAUAGAAUCAUAUGCACUCAAGCCUUCGUUUUAUGUAUCUAUUGAUAACAACAGGGCUAGUUUUUCCUGGUUUUGAAAGAAAAAGUAUUUUAUAAGUGAACAAACCAUUUUUUCUUAUGCUUUGUACAAUUUUCCUAAUGUUUGUAUGCUUGUGAGGCUGGAGGAUGGGAACAAGUCAGUUUAGACAAAUUCACUGUACUGUAACUUAUUGUAUAGUACUUUUACUUGAAGGAAAUAGGAAAGUUCCCUACUUUUAAGUGUAAUUUUGUAUGGUUGAAAAAAAUGGCACUUCAGUGUUUAAUAUACAGUGAAAUGGACCCUUGACUGAUUUUUGUUUCUGAAAACUUUACAUCCAGUUUACUUUUUUAAUCCAUUUUUAUUUUCAUGGUCGUUUUAUUAUAAUUAUUAAUUAUUACUUGUAUUUUAAGAUAUAUAGAUAAAUAUAUAUUAUAACAUUGUAUUCAGAACCUUUUAUGUAAUUUCUGCGAUAACAUCUACAGUGUCCUCACUGUUGUGAAGAUCAGUAAAUAAACAUCUGAACAAA